CUAAAUUGCAUUCUUUCUGAUUACUUAAAAAAAAAGAUUUCCAAUCUUUUUCACUCAUCAAAAGAGACUAUGGCUCGUUCCAUUUGCUUCCUGGCAUUUCUGGUCUUGGCAGUGAUGCUCUUUGAGGUGCAAGCUCAGCACAUGUGCAAAUCAACAAGCCAAACCUUCAAAGGAUUAUGUUUUACCGAUUCGUCAUGUAGAAAGGCUUGUCUCACAGAGGAGUUUACAGGUGGACAUUGUAGCAAACUCCAAAGAAAGUGCCUAUGCACUAAGAUUUGUGUAUUUGAAAAAAAUUCAAAUGAAGUUCAAACAACUUUGGGUGGGGAAGCAAAAACUCUAAGUGAAGCUGUGCUUGAAGAAGAGAUUAUGAUGGAGUAAUUAAGUGAGAUUAAUUAAGGAUUUGAGUGUCAAAAACAACAUUAAUAAAGUGUUGCCUUUUAUAAAAAGGGUAGUUUCUAAUGUUGUGUUAUUGGCCUUUAAUAGCCAUUUGAUACAUUAAAUAAGUUGUGACAUGCCAUUAAUCCUUUUGGAAUAUUGUAUCAACUUUAUGUAUGUUUUAAUGAAAA